CCCCACUUCGCUUGUAGUUCUUGAAGUUACCAAUCACGAUGACGGAAACGUCAUUUCCGCUUACGCUGACAACGACUUGCAUCAUUUCUUGUCUUCCCUUGUCAGCCGGCUGUCGCACACAUACACCAUGGUGGAGCCGGUGCCUGAAUUCAUCAACUUUCCCUCAGAGGAGGAGAGGAUCCUGCAGCUCUGGAAGGAUAAGGACUGUUUUUACGAGUGUCUCAAACAGUCCAAGAACCGGCCCAGGUACACCUUCUAUGAUGGCCCACCUUUUGCCACGGGCUUACCCCACUACGGUCACAUCCUCGCGGGCACCAUCAAGGACAUUGUCACCCGCUUUGCCCAUCAGAGUGGCUUCCAUGUGGACCGGCGCUUUGGCUGGGACUGCCAUGGCUUGCCAGUGGAGUAUGAGAUCGAUAAAACUUUAGGCAUCACUGGUCCUGAAGAUGUGGCCAAGAUGGGCAUUGCAGAGUACAACAAGCAGUGUCGUAGCAUUGUGAUGAGAUACUCAACCGAGUGGGAGACCUCAGUGAAUCGAAUGGGCAGAUGGAUCGAUUUUAAACACGACUACAAGACACUCUACCCAUGGUUCAUGGAGACUGUCUGGUGGGUGUUCAAGCAGCUGUAUGACAAGGGUCUGGUGUAUCGCGGUGUCAAGGUCAUGCCUUUUUCCACAGCCUGCAACACCCCGCUGUCCAACUUUGAGUCCCACCAGAACUACAAGGACGUUCAAGACCCUUCGGUGAUUGUCAACUUUCCACUGCUUGAGAAUGAGGACGUGUGUCUUAUCGCUUGGACCACCACUCCAUGGACGCUGCCCAGCAACUUGGCCCUGUGUGUCAACCCUGAGUUAACUUAUGUCAAGGUCACAGAUAACACCACAGGCAAGACAUACAUCAUGAUGGAGUCUCGGCUGGGUGCUUUAUUUAAGUCGGAGAGCGAGUACACGCUCAUGGACAAAUUUCCUGGCAAAACACUGAGCGGAAAGAAAUACAAACCUCUUUUCAAUUACUUUGCUAAGUGUGGUGAAAAAGGAGCAUUCCAGGUGGUGACAGAUAACUAUGUGAAGGAGGAGGAGGGCACCGGAGUGGUCCAUCAGGCACCUUACUUUGGAGCUGAUGAUUACAGGGUGUGCACCGAAUACAACAUCAUCCAAAGGGACCAGGCUCCUAUCUGUCCUGUGGAUGCUUCCGGCUGCUUCACUUCAGAGGUCCCCGACUUUGCAGGACAGUAUGUCAAAGAUGCUGACAAGAAUAUCAUGAAGUGGCUGAAGGAGAAUGGUCGCCUGGUCAACGCCAGCACUUUCAAACAUAGCUACCCCUUCUGUUGGAGGUCAGACACUCCCCUGAUCUACAAAGCGGUGCCCAGUUGGUUUGUCCGGGUGGAACACAUGGUCCAGAAACUACUGGACAACAAUGGACAGUGUUACUGGGUUCCAGAUUUUGUGCGCGAGAAGCGCUUUGGCAACUGGCUGAGGGACGCUCGUGAUUGGGCCAUUUCGAGGAACCGCUACUGGGGCACGCCAAUCCCCAUGUGGGUCAGCGAAGACUAUGAGGAGGUGGUUUGUGUCGGGUCCAUUGCCGAAUUGGAGGAGCUGACUGGCGUCCAUGUGACUGAUCUCCAUCGGGAGAGCAUUGACCACCUGACCAUUCCCUCGCGCACUGGCAAAGGCGUCCUGCGUAGGAUCACUGAGGUGUUCGAUUGCUGGUUCGAGAGUGGCAGCAUGCCCUAUGCCCAGGUCCACUACCCCUUUGAAAACAGGAGGGAGUUUGAGGACUCUUUCCCGGCAGACUUCAUCGCUGAGGGCAUCGACCAGACCAGGGGAUGGUUUUACACGCUGCUGGUGCUCUCUACAGCCCUAUUUGGCAAACCACCCUUCAAGAAUGUCAUCGUUAAUGGCUUGGUGCUGGCAAGCGAUGGACAGAAGAUGAGCAAGCGCAAGAAGAACUACCCGGACCCGGGCCUCAUAGUGCAGAACUAUGGCGCCGAUGCCCUCAGACUCUACCUCAUCAACUCCCCAGUGGUAAGAGCAGAGAACUUGCGUUUCAAAGAGGACGGCGUUCGGGAUGUGCUGAAGGAUGUCUUCCUACCGUGGUAUAAUGCCUACCGCUUCCUGGUGCAGAAUGUGCAAAGGUUACAGAAGGAGGAAGAUAUUCAAUUCCUGUACAACGAGAACACUGCCAAGCAGAGUGGCAACAUCAUGGACAAAUGGAUCCAGUCCUUCACGCAGUCCCUUAUUCAGUUCUUCAAAGCAGAAAUGGACGCGUACCGCCUCUACACUGUAGUGCCUCGUCUGGUCAAGUUUGUGGACAUGCUCACCAACUGGUACGUCCGCACCAACAGGCGUCGUCUGAAGGGCGAGAGUGGCACCGAGGACUGUCUGUGGGCGCUGGAAACCCUCUUCAGCGUUCUCUUCUCCAUGUGCAGGCUGAUGGCUCCUUUCACACCCUUCAUUACAGAGAUGAUGUACCAAAAUCUGCGUAACCUCAUCGACCCCGCCUCCCUGGAGGAGAAGGACACCGGCAGCAUCCAUUAUCUCAUGCUGCCCCAAGUCAGGGAAAAUUUGAUUGACAAGCGUAUUGAGAACGCUGUCUCGCAGAUGCAGUCUGUGAUUGAACUGGGCCGAGUCAUCCGUGACAGGAAGACCCUGCCGGUGAAGUACCCGCUGAAGGAGGUGGUCGUCAUUCACCAGGAUCAAGAAGCUCUGAAAGACAUCCAGUCACUGCAGAAAUACAUCCUGGAAGAGCUCAACGUGCGGCAGCUGACAAUAUCGACGGACAAAGACAAGUACGGCAUCCGUCUAAGAGCUGAGCCAGACCACAUGGUGCUGGGCAAGAGACUGAAGGGGGCAUUCAAAGCUGUCACCGUGUCAAUCAAGGAGCUCAGCAGUGAAAAGCUUGAGGCCUUCCAGAAGAAAGGGUCCAUCGUGGUGGACGGCCAUGAGCUUCACGAGGAGGACCUGAGGCUGAUGUACACUUUCAACCAGAGUGGUGACUCAGCGGCGCAGUAUGAAGCUCACUCUGACUCACAGGUGCUGGUGCUGUUGGAUGUCAGUCCGGAUCAGUCCAUGGUGGAUGAGGGCGUGGCCAGGGAGGUCAUCAACCGUGUUCAGAAACUACGCAAAAAGGGCCAUUUGGUGCCAUCUGAUGAGAUAACGGUGUACUACCGCUGUCAGCCAGAGGGGGAGUACUUGGACUCUGUGAUCAAGGCCCACACCGAAUUUAUUUUGGCAACGACGAAAGCUCCCCUUGUGAGCUACCCUGUGCCCAAGACUGCUGGCAUCAUCAUCUCAGAAAAGACGCAGCUGAAGGGCUCGGACUUGGAGCUAACAAUUGUAAAGGGAUCUUCGGCACCGCGGGCUGCUUUGAACGGUCCAGCUUGUGCUUACGUCAACCUCAGAGUGACAGUCAAGGGCAAUGAACAAGAAGGGGUGGUGCUGCUGGAGAACCCCAAAGGUGAUAACGGUCUGGAUGUGGACAAGCUGAAAAGAGUGUGCAGCAACAUCUUUGGAACCAACAAUGUCAAGCUUAAACUCUUUAACGAUGGCAAAGAGUUGACCAACAAAACAGAUCUGCUAACCCUGACUGGCAAAACCUUGUUGGUGACGACAGACUCCUCAAGCCCCGGCUCCGCCCCCACCGCCAGCGCCCUCUUGUGCCCUUACGUGAACCUGGUUCUCUGCAAUGCACGGCCAGCUGAGUGCCAAACAGGAGAAGUGGGCACCCUCCUGCUGGUCAACCCAGUGGGCCAGAACGGGCUUGACUACUCGGGCAUGCUGUCGGAGGUCGCCAAGGUGUUUGGCCUCCGCGGUAGACGUCUCAGACUCUACUUGGACCAGGAGCUCAGUCAGGCUGUGCCGGCUGAUUCACCAGUAAAAUCUCUGGACACCAAAACUCUCUUUGUGCGAGUUCUUCCAACCACGGCAGAAUCGUAGAAUCCCUCCACCUCACCAGUUACUCGUAUACAUAUUCAUCGUGGUUACCACACAGUUUUUUAAAUCAAAAAAUUCCAAAAAAUCAUGUGUGUACAUACACUAGCAAUUUGUGAGACUCCUGCUCACUAAGAAGCACACAGUUGAAGAUCUUUGUGUUUUUUUUCCCCACUGUGGAGAUAGGUGAGGCUGCAGAGUCAUUAUGGCUGUGGCAAUCAGGGAGAACCAUUUUAUCCCAUUUUGUGCACACACACACACACCAUGUUAGUAUUUAACAGAUAAACCUUUCAUUGCUUUCUAAAUCCUCGUUUGAAAGUUGAAAUUACAUUUUUGGGCCGCUGAGCUUUCGGGACUGUGUGGAAUAUGCUGCUUUCACUGACAAUUGGAAUAAAUCAAUGGUGAUGAAAAAAUUAG